AUGGACAAGCUGAGCGAGCAAUACCCUGGCCAAGUCGAAGUCCUCGCUGGCGACCUGUCAGAUCUUUCGCUUGGACAAAAGGCAGCAGACCUGGCCAAGUCUAAAUGGCAGCGCCUGGACAGCAUCAUUGUCAACCACGGCAUUCUUGAUCCUGUCAAGCGCAUUUCAAAUGUCGAAGCUGAAGAGUGGAGACAAUUGUUCGACGUCAAUGUCUUCUCAGCCAUCGCACUGGUCAGUUGA